AUGUCUGCCCGCAAAAAGACCUUGUUGAAGGUGAUUGUUCUCGGCGACCUGGGUGUCGGCAAGACCUCCCUAAUGCAGCAGUUUGUCAACAAAAAGUUCUCCCACCAGUACAAAGCAACCAUCGGCGCCGAUUUCUUAACCAAAGACUUGACGAUUGAUAACAAAACAGUGUCGCUUCAGAUUUGGGACACCGCAGGCCAGGAGCGGUUCCAGAGCUUGGGUGUCGCCUUCUACAGAGGUGCCGAUUGCUGUGUGUUGUGUUAUGAUGUCACCAACGAGAAGUCCUUAAACAACCUUUCGUCAUGGAAGGAUGAGUUUUUGGUGCAGUCGAAUGUGUCUAACCCACAAGAUUUCCCAUUCAUUAUAAUUGGAAACAAGAUCGAUGUAGAUGAAUCCAAGAAAAUCCCCUCGUUACAGAAGAAGUUGCUCAACAUCACCAAUAAUCAAUUGGGUGGCUUGAACUACCCGCUCUUCGAGACCAGUGCCAAGGACUCCAUUAAUGUCGAGACUGCAUUCGAAAAUGUCGCCAGAAUGGCGUUGCAGCAAGAGGAAUUGAACGGAGCCAGUAGAAACGACAUGAACGACGAUUAUCACGACGCCAUCAACAUUCAUUUGGAAAACGACAACAGCGGCUGUGCAUGCUAA